AUGCGGAGCGCUGGCGACGCGGCGGCGCCGAGAGAGUCGGAGCCUCGUGGAGGCGGCCGGGUGGAGUGGAUCAGCGCGGACAGGAAGGGCGGCGAGAGGAUUGGCCUGUUGCCCACUCCUAAAAGCAGCGGUGAGCGGGAGGAGGAGGGCGAUCGCAGUGGUGGACGGAGCGGACGAGGAGAAGCCGGUAAUAAUGACGCAGCGACUGAGGCAGCCCCGCUCGGUAAUCUGCACACCGGGCCGAUCUCCUCGCGCCACGGCGUUGAUGAUGACGACGAUGACGACGUCGAUGGCGGCGACGACGGCGAUGACGACGAUGAGGGAUACGCUAGGGGGUUGGCCGAUGCCAUCUCGGACGAGCGCAAGCAAGAUACUGCGAUGGAGGCGGACCGUGUGAAGUCGCGGGACGCGGACCUGGCCCGCUGCGCCGAUGAGACGCAGGCGGUGGCCGCCAGAGCUGGGGCCCCGUAUCCACUCCUCCCUCACCACCGUCACCACCACCACCGUCACUCUCACCAGCGUCACCACCACUCUCACCACCACCAGCAGCAGCAUCAGCAGCAGCGCCAGGGCGUCAUCGUAGCCAAUGUGUACAUGAGGGAGGCCGCCCCUCCUCCAACGGAGGCAGGGGGCGGCGCUGAUGCGGGCGAGCAUCCCUCUGGAACCUCGGAGGACACGGCCGCUCUCGCGUCGUCGCGGCAGGAGGUGGUGGACUGUGGCGGCACCGCCGCUUCCGCUGUUGCCGCCAUCGCCACGAGCAAGGAGGCGAGCAGAGCGCAGGCGAACGGCGCGGCGGUAUCGACGAGGGCGGAGAAACCGAGGGGCGAGGGGCACGAGGGCAAUAAGGAAAGGGGAGAGGCUCCAAGAAGGGAGCGGGAGAGAGGGGCGGGCACCUCCUCGCUGGCGGCUCGAGACGGCGGUGGAGAACCGGACGCGGGUGCCGCGGGUGUCGUCGCGGGCGCCGCCGGAGCCGUAGAAGAGGAGCGGCAGGAGCCGAAAGCUAAGAAGCACCGGCCGAUGCCGCAAACGACAACGAAAACAACAAAAGAGGAAACUCGGCCGAGCGCCGCCAAUGCAGCCCGCAAGGGUUCUGUGAAGCCAGCGGAAGUGACGUCCGGCGCGGCACGACUGGAGGAGCACGCGAGCGACCGCAGCAACACGGAGGACGAACCGGCGAGAGGAUCAACGGCUGCUGCUGCUGGCGAUGCCGAUCAUAUGGUUGGGGCUCGUCACUGUCCGGAUUUAGGUCCUGGGUCUGGCCCAGAUGUAAGACCAGGGUCCGGUCCGGAUUCACGUCCCGAGUCUGGCCUGGAUUUGGGUCCUAAGUCUGGUCCAGACGUAAGACCUGGGUCUGGUCCAGAUUCGGCUUCUGGUCCUGGUCCACAUUCAGGCGCCGGGUCCAGUCCACGUCCGGGUGGCGAGGCUGGUCCAUUAACGUGCCGUGAACUGGUUUGGAAUGCGAGUCCCAAGUCCGGCGGCAACGCCACGGAGAUAUCGGCCAGCGACCUGCGCGUCAGCACCGUCAACCGCCAAGGGUCGGGACGCAGCAAAGGCGAGGCCUCGGAACCCGACGGUGGACGGCGAGUUGUGGUCUCGCAGGAAGCCGCCGAGGGCGAUGAGGACGGGGCGGACGAUGUCACAGGACCGGAAAGGGAGGACGGCAUCAGGGGCGCAGCGGAAGACGGUGGGGAGCGCACGGAAGUGAACUGUGCGGACCGCAGGGCGGUUGGCAUGGGUGGCGCCGACGGUGGACGAGACGGGCACGGCAGUGUUGAUAAUUCUGCCGGAGUUGAUGGUGAAUUGGGCGACGCUGCCGUCAAUAGGGCUUCUACAGGAGAAGGUUCCGCUAGUGGUGGUGCUGUCACUGCCGCUGACAGGGGCAGUGAAGGAGGUGGUGACGUUGCAGCUGACGAUCAAAGCGGAAGAAGAGCGGGUGAAGAUGUUGGCCCUGUUCGCAGUGAUGGAGACAUUUCCGGUGCGGACCAAAGCAGGGGUGCACUCGCCAAUGUCGGUGAUAAAACCAACGGUGCGAGUGCUGCGACUGCCCGCAAAGUCGGCAUUGAUGAUGGUGAAGAUGGAGUGGUUCGUGCUCACGACGCAAGAGGCGGCGGUGGACAUAGCGACGGUGUUGCUCAUCCAGUUGGCGGUGGAGACGUCGCCAUCGGCGAUCCAGCAGCUGCGGGCGCGAGCAGUGCAACUGUUGACCAAACCGGCAGCGGAGGAGUCGCCACUACCGGUGGCCAUCGGGCGAGGGGUGGAGUAGACGAUAUUGCCGGAGACUGCGAUGAACCCGUCGGCGACCAGGUCGGAGCUCGAGGUAAAGCGUCGGGCCGCACGGGCGGUGACGCGGUUGGGACUGGGCGACCUCUGGCUGGAGCCCAAACCCCCCCCGUUGCUCAACGUGUCCAUCCCGUUGCUGGGGGUAGACACGCUGCCGGUGGCGGUGAUGGCGGCGGCAGCGGUGGUGGUGGUGGUGUUGCCCGUGGAACCUGUACCGCUGCCGCCGACGGAGGCGAUCGUCGAGCCGUAGUUGGAGCCGGGGCGGACGAUGGUUGGGAGGCGUCCGGAGGUCAGGGGAGGAGUGGGAUUGGCGGCGGCGGCGUUGUUUCUGCUGGCGCUGAGAAAUAUGGGAAUGAAGCCGAAGAAGCCCUUGGCGUUGAUCCAGAUAGAGGAGGAAAAGGAGGUGGAGAUAGAGAUGGUGCUGCUGCUGACGAUGGUCAGACUGAUAAUGAAAAUGAUGCCGAUCAAAGCAGUGGUGGAGAUGUUGGUGAUGUUCAUGUAGUCAAGGGUGGAGAUGGUGAAGUCAAGAGUGGAGAUGGUGGUGCUGAUAAACUGGAGGGUGGAGAUAUUGCCGGUGCGCAUGAAGUCAAGGGUGGAGAUGUUGCUGGUGCUGAUGAAGGCAAGCGUGGAGAUGAUGAAGGCAAGCGUGGAGAUGAUGAAGGCAAGCGUGGAGAUGUUGAUGAAAUCUUGGGUGGAGAUGUUGAUGAAAUCAUGGGUGGAGAUGAUGAACUCAAGGGUGGAGAAGUUACUGGUGUUAAUCGAGUCAAGGGUGGAGAUGUAGCUGGUGUUGAUCAUCUCAAGAAGGGAGACGUUGGUGUUGAUCAACUGAAGAAGGGAGAUGUUGCUGGUGUUGAUCAACUCAAGAAGGAAGAUGUUGCUGGUGUUGAUCAACUCAAGAAGGGAGACUUGACUGGUGUUGAUCAACUCAAGAAGGCAGAUGUGGCUGGUGUUGAUCAUCUCAAGAAGGGAGAUGUGGCUGGUGUUGAUCAUCUCAAGAAGAGAGAUGUUGGUGUUGAUCAGCUCAAGAAGGGAGAUGUUGGUGUUGAUCAUCUCAAGAAGAAAGAUGUUGCUGGUGUUGAUCAUCUCAAGAAGGGAGAUGUGGCUGGUGUUGAUCAUCUCAAGAAGGGAGAUGUGGCUGGUGUUGAUCAUCUCAAGAAGAGAGAUGUUGGUGUUGAUCAGCUCAAGAAGGGAGAUGUUGGUGUUGAUCAUCUCAAGAAGAAAGACACGGCUAAUGUUGAUCAACUCAAAAAGGGAGAUGGGGCUGGUGUUGAUCAUCUCAAGAAGGGAGAUGUGGCUGAUGUUGAUCAACUCAAGAAGGGAGAUGGGGCUGGUGUUGAUAAUCUCAAGAAGGGAGACGCGGCUGGUGAUGAUCAACUCGAGAAGGGAGAUGUGACUGGUGUUGAUCAACUGAAGAAGGGAGAUGUUGCUGGUGUUGAUCAACUCAAGAAGGGAGAUGUUGCUGGUGUUGAUCAACUCAAGAAGGGAGACUUGACUGGUGUUAAUCAUCUCAAGAAGGGAGAUGUUGGUGUUGAUCAUCUCAAGAAGGGAGAUGUGACUGGUGGUGAUCAACUCAAGAAGGGAGAUGUGGUGGGUGUUGAUCAACUCAAGGGAUGUAUUGCUCAUGUUGAUCUUCUCAAGAAGGGAAGCGUGGCUCAUGUUGAUCAACUCAAGAAAGGAGAUGUUGGUGUUGAUCAACUCAAGAAGGGAGAUGUGGCUGGUGUUGAUCAACUCAAGAAGGGUGAUGUUGCUGGUGUUGAUCAUCUCAAGAAGGGAGAUGUUGCUGGUGUUGAUCAGCUCAAGAAGGGAGAUGUGGCUGGUGUUGAUCAACUCAAGAAGGGAGAUGUGGCUGGUGUUGAUCAACUCAAGAAGGGAGAUGUUGCUGGUGUUGAUCAUCUCAAGACGGGAGAUGUUGGUGUUGAUCAUCUCAAGAAGGGAGAUGUGGUGGGUGUUGAUCAACUGAAGAAGGGAGAUGUGGCGGGUGUUGAUCAACUCAAAAAGGGAGAUGUGGCUAGUGUUGAUCAACUCAAAAAGGGAGAUGUGGCUAGUGUUGAUCAACUCAAGAAGAGAGACGCGGCUGGUGUUGAUCAACUGAAGAAGGGAGAUGUUGGUAUUGAUCAUCUCAAGAUGGGAGAUGUUGCUGGUGUGGAUCAUCUCAAGAAGGGAGAUGUUGCCGGUGUGGAUCAUCUCAAGAAGGGAGAUGUGACUGGCGUUGAUCAACUCAAGAAGGGAGAUGUGGCGGGUAUUGAUCAACUCAAGAAGGGAGAUGUGGCUAGUGUUGAUCAACUGAAGAAGGGAGAUGUGGCGGAUGUUGAUCAACUCAAAAAGGGAGAUGUGGCUGGUGUUGAUCAACUCAAGAAGGGAGACGUUGGUGUUGAUCAUCUCAAGAAGGGAGAUGUUGCUGGUGUGGAUCAUCUCAAGAAGGGAGAUGUUGCCGGUGUGGAUCAUCUCAAGAAGGGAGAUGUGGCGGAUGUUGAUCAACUCAAAAAGGGAGAUGUGGCUGGUGUUGAUCAACUCAAGAAGGGAGACGUUGGUGUUGAUCAUCUCAAGAAGGGAGAUGUUGCUGGUGUGGAUCAACUCAAGAAGGGAUAUGUUGCUGGUGUGGAUCAUCUCAAGAAGGGAGAUGUGACUGGCGUUGAUCAACUCAAGAAGGGAGAUGUGGCGGGUAUUGAUCAACUCAAGAAGGGAGAUGUGGCUAGUGUUGAUCAACUGAAGAAGGGAGAUGUGGCGGAUGUUGAUCAAGUCAAAAAGGGAGACGCGGCUGGUGUUGAUCAACUCAAGAAGAGAGACGCGGCUGGUGUUGAUCAACUGAAGAAGGGAGAUGUUGGUGUUGAUCAUCUCAAGAAGGGAGAUGUUGCUGGUGUGGAUCAUCUCAAGAAGGGAGAUGUUGCUGGUGUGGAUCAUCUCAAGAAGGGAGAUGUGACUGGUGUUGAUCAACUCAAGAAGGGAGAUGUGGCUGGUAUUGAUCAUCUCAAGAAGGGAGAUGGCGCUGGUGUUGAUCAACUCAAGAAGGGAGAUGUGGCUGGUGUUGAUCAACUCAAGAAGGGAGAUGGGGCUGGUGUUGACCAACUCAAGAAGGGAGAUGUGGCUGGUGUUGAUCAACUCAAGAAGGGAGAUGGGGCUGGUGUUGACCAACUCAAGAAGGGAGAUGGGGCUGGUGUUGACCAACUCAAGAAGGGAGAUGUGGCGGGUGUUGAUCAACUCAAGAAGGGAGAUGUGGCUGGUGAUGAUCAAUGCAAGAAGGGAGAUGUGGCUGGUGAUGAUCAAUGCAAGAAGGGAGAUGUGGCUGGUGUUGAUCAACUCAAGAAGAGAGACGUGGCUGGUGUUGAUCAACUCAAGAAGGGAGAUGUUGCCGGUGAUGAUCAAUGCAAGAAGAGAGAUGUGGCUAGUGUGGAGCAACUCAAAGGUGGAGAUUAUGGUGGCAUUCGUAAAGUCAAGGGUCGUGUUGACGAAAUGAAAGAUGUUGACGAAGUUAAAGAACUAAAAAAAGGAAUUGUUGCGACAGUUGAUGAAGUUGAGGGUAGAGAAGACGAUGUAAUUAUUGGUGGAGCCAAGAAGACAGCCGAUUCCGUUGACGCUCAAACCGAGGGUGGAGAUGGGGGCGGCGUCGUUGGAGACCAGACUAACGGGAGAGAUGGCAGAGGAGACGCCACGUCUUCUGUCAGCUCAGCACCCAAUAUCGGCGGGGACGACGACGAGUCUUGCGAUCGCGAAGGAGACCGCGCUGGUGAUGCUGCUGUUGCAGCCGCUCGUCGUGAUGAGCUCGGUGUCGGUGGAGCUGGAGGUGAAGUUGUCGGUGGAACCGAUGGUGGCGAUGGUGGUCGCGUUGACAGGAUCCUUGCUGCUGAUGGCACAGCUGACGGCAAUGCUGCCGCUGAUGUUGGUGAGCACAAUGCUGACGGAGCCCUCGGCCUACAAGGUGACAAAUCUUCUGGCGCAGACGACAAACUGGACAAAGGGGCUUCGGAGGGCGAGGGGCACCCGGUCAAAAUAGCCGAUGGAGAAGGAGUAGAGCAAGCCGGACCGGGGGUUACGGGUCAGGAGUCGCACCUGGACACAAACUUCCGAGUGCACGGCCAGGACGAGUCCUCGAAGGAAGCCACGAGCGAGAAGAAAAAGAUUGUGAAGGAACGGUCAGAGGAGGACAAGGAGGAGAACAAGGAGGAGGAGCGGGAGGACUGCGGGAAAUCAGCGGAGAGAGGAGGCCACUUCUCGAAGAACGACGGCAAAGACCCCGACGUCCGCCUCCCCCCGGAGGACCCCGAGGCCCAGCAGCGGACUGCCAACGAGCCGGCGCAGCCCGAGGCCGCCGAAGCGGCAGGAGAUUCGGCCAAACCCGAAUCGUCGGCAACGGCCGGGGACGCCGGCCGGCUCGAAACGGCGACGGAGACGACUCCGGGAGUCGGCGGCGAGGAGGAGGACACGACGUCCGCGGGUCGCCAAAUGGACGCCGGCGAUUUGAGGCCUCCAGACUGCGACGCCGGCCGAGCGGCCGCCCCUGGCAGGGGCGGCGGAAGGAGGCGCGGCGGCCGCGGGAAGGCGAGGGUGGUGGAGAGGAGCAAGCUGCCGUUGGCCGGGCAGGAGAGCGAGCAGCGGGAGGGAGGAGAGGGCGGAGAAGAGGGGGAGGGAGGAGGGGAGCCGAGGUGGACUCUACGGAGGUCGACGCGGAUCUCGCGCCUGCCCCCGCCGAGCUACGACGAAGCGGGGGCGGCCGCAACAUCGGCGGCAUCGGAGGCGGCGGCGGCGAAAGAGAUGAAGGGGAAACGCGGCCGGAGCGACGUGGCCGGGGACGUGGGGAGGUCGCAGGGGUCGAGGCAGGAGGCCGUCAAGCGCAAGCGCACGCCGGGCCGACGGCAAGGCGCCAACAAGCGCCCGCGUGGCGCCGGCGGCCGGAGCAAGCGCAAGCGUUGGUCGCGGUGGUGCAACGCGGACACGGAGAGCGAAGACGAGGAUGACGAGCAGGAGCAGGAGGAGGAGGAGUUCCUGAUGGACGGCCUGCAGCGCAACGACGACGACGAGGAGGGGGACGGCAUCGUCUACGGCGGGGCGCGGUGGCCCCGGCUGGCGCCCGCAGAGCGGCGCGCCGACGAGGCCAAGGCGACGGAGGGCGAGGAUGUGGAUGGCGAAGAGGAGGAUGAGGAGGAGGAGGAGGAGGAGGACGAUGACGAGGAGGGAGGGGAGGUGGAGGAGGAAGGGAAGGAGGGGCGGGACAGCGGGCAGGAGCAGGUGGAGGUGGUUGAGGAGGAUCCCUGUAAGAAGUGUGGACUCUCCAACCAUCCUGAGCUGAUCCUGCUGUGUGACUCGUGCGACAGCGGCUACCACACGGCAUGCCUGCGCCCCCCGCUCAUGCUCAUCCCCGACGGGGAGUGGUAUUGCCCGCCCUGUGAGCACAAGAAGCUGUGCGUGAAGCUGCAAGAGGCGUUGACGGACCUCGACGCGAUGCUCAAGAAGAAGGAGCGGGCGGAGAGAAGGAAGGAACGGAGCAUCUACCUGGGAGUCAACACGGAGAACAUCAUCAAUCCGGCCAUCAAGGCGGAGAGCGAAGCUGCUGCUGCUGCUCCUUCCCGCUGCACGUCCCCGCCGGAGGCGCAGCGCGCGGAGCUGCACGCCCUGCUGCUGCUGGAGCGGCGCUCGGCACGCGCGAGGCGAGCGCCGGUCAGCUACCGCUUCGAGGCCUUCGACGAGGCCAUCGACGAGGCCAUCCAGUACGACAUGAGGGAGGUCGAGGGAGCCGGCCUCGGCAAGGACAUCGAGAACCUGAAAGCGUCCCGGCCCCGCCCGCCCGCCCCGGUGCAUCGUGGGAAGGACAUGUCGGCCAUCCUGGGGGCGGCCGUGGAAGACGGCGAUGAUGGGGGCGAUGCAGAGGAGGAUGAGGAUGAGGAGGAUGAGGAGGAGGAGGAGACGCGGGGAGCCGGGGGCAAAGGAGUAGUGCAGCCCAAGGAGGAGGAGGAGGAGUUGGUUUCCGGGGAAGGCGAGGUUACCGGGCGCGACGAGGUUGCCGCGGCGAUGGGCCGAGGGAGGAAGCGGAGGUACAGGAAGAGGAGGAGGCUGAACGCGCUGGACAGCGAGAGCAGCCGUGACGCCUCGCAGGACGAGGAGUACCGCUGCGAGCAGAGCGACAGCGAGGUCGAGGAGCAGCUAUCGGAGGCGGACUACGAGGAAGAGGAGGGCCUCAGCAGCGGGGGAUCGUCCGUCGGUUCGGCCCACGGGCCUCGUGGGGCUCUGAGGCGGGCGCGGGGCGGCCGGGGUGGACGGGGCCGUACCUCGUCGGCGAGGAAGGGCCGCAGGCUGAGGGGACGCCCCGGGCCGAAGAGGAAGAGGAGAAGGAGAGGAGGAUUCUCGGAUGACGAGGAGGAGGAGGAAGAGGAGGAGGAGGAAGAGGGCAGCGAGCUGGGGAGGCGACGUGACGGACGAGGACCUGGUGGACUUCCGGUGCCGCCGGUCCCGGCGAGCGACCGCGGCCCGCUCGGUCAACUACCGCGAGGACUCUGAGAGCGCCGGGGAGGAGGGCGCCGGGGGCCGGCGGGCCGGGGGAGGGCCCCAGGGGCGCACCGCCACCAUGCUGGCCGCCUUCCGCAAGCGGAAACGGGGACGCAGCUCCGACAGCGAAGAGAGCGAGGCCUCGCGCAGCGACGCCUCCGACGCCUCCGACGUACGGGCCGCCCCCCGUCAAGCGCCACCGCAACCGCCUCGACUCCUC